CAUCAAGCCCUUUGCUCAGCCUGCCUACCCCAUCCAGCCUCCCCUGCCACAGGCGCUCAACAGUUACGAGCCCCUGGCCCCGCUGCCCCCAGCCGCCGCCUCCGCGCCUGCGUGGCAGGACCGCAGCAUCGCCUCCUCCCGCCUGCGCCUCCUGGAGUAUUCUGCCUUCAUGGAGGUGCAACGGGACCCCGACACGUACAGCAAACACCUGUUCGUGCACAUCGGCCAGUCAAACCCUGCCUUCUCGGACCCACCCCUGGAGGCGGUGGACGUGCGGCAGAUCUACGACAAGUUCCCCGAGAAGAAGGGGGGGCUGAAGGAACUCUACGAGAAGGGGCCCCCGAACGCCUUCUUCCUCGUCAAGUUCUGGGCUGACCUCAACAGCACGGUUCAGGAGGGCCCCGGGGCCUUCUACGGGGUCAGCUCGCAGUACAGCUCGGCCGACAGCAUGACCAUCAGCGUCUCCACCAAGGUGUGCUCCUUCGGCAAGCAGGUGGUGGAGAAAGUGGAGACCGAGUACGCCCGGCCGGAGAACGGGCGCUUCGUCUACCGCAUCCACCGCUCCCCCAUGUGCGAGUACAUGAUCAACUUCAUCCACAAGCUCAAGCACCUGCCGGAGAAGUACAUGAUGAACAGCGUCCUGGAGAACUUCACCAUCCUGCAGGUGGUCACAAGUCGGGAUUCCCAGGAGACUCUGCUGGUGAUCGCGUUCGUCUUUGAAGUCUCCACCAGCGAGCACGGGGCCCAGCACCACGUCUACAAGCUUGUCAAAGACUAGCGUGCCCUCGACGUCCACAAGGAUGCAAGGCGGACAUCUUCCACACACCUGCCUGCCUGGGCUCCCGGGGCAUGGGCUGGGGGACUCGCCCACCCACUGGCUUCAGGCCGGGACCCAGGCUGCCUCCCUGGCCUUGGCAGCAUGGCACAUGCGCUCCCUGCCACUGUUCUGCGCUUUACUGGAGAGAAGAGGGCUCACAUGGUGGGGUGGCCUGCCCGGGCACCGACCCACAGAUGCCCACGCUCCACCUGGCCUCACGUGACGUCAGAGCGGGGGGGGGGGUAGAGGACACCUGUGGGCUUCGUGCAUGGUCGCUGGCCCCGAGGGGAGCGUGAUGGGCAGGUGAGGGUAAAUGGAGACUGGGGAAAGGCAGCUUGCAAGAAGGCCCUGGUACGAGGAGCCAAGUUGGGAGCUGGGUUGAGAAGGGCCCACACCUCUUAGUGCCUUCUGGGUGCCGGCCUGUUCCUAGGCCCCUUGCACAGCAAGUCUGGGUCUUCUAUGUCAACAGUGCCAAGAUGGAGGCCCACAGCAGUGGACAGAGCUGGAGCAUAGGUUCGGCUACCUCCCUAGAACAGGGCUGGCGCCAAGGGAGGGGCGUGGCUGGGAUGGUACAGCCUCAGUCUCCCCAGCACGCGGGCCACUAGGGACCCCUUCUUCAGGACCCUGUAGACAGUGGCAGGGAACAGGAGGCUGGAACUUGAAGAGUCCUUGGCUCCUGCCCUAGCCUCCUCCUCCACAGCCUGUCCCCAGGCCACCUGGGUAUUUAUGAGUUUCAAAUGAAGUACUGUGCCCCUCCUCAUCCUGCCCGAGCUUCCUGAAGGUCUUCACCGUUUGCAUACUGCUCAGGCCACCUCCAAACCCCACCUAGGUUUUAUAACAUGUAUUAUAUUUUUGUGUAUUUUUAAAAUCCAGCUAUGAUGGGCUAUAUCAUAAAUGGCUCAAGGCAGGGGCUCCUCAAGGCCUGGCUCCUGCUCAAAAAAAAAAAAAUUAAAUGUUUUCUGGGUCAGAAGAGUUGUGCCACAUGCAACCUCUGACCUAUACUAA